AUCUAAAAGAAAUAUUGAUGUGAUACGAUAAAGUUUAAAAGCAAUGUAUGGAGAUAAAAUUGAUAUCGCUCGAUUGUGUAAUCGAUUGUGAAACCUUGAAGCAGCCUUUAGCUUUACCCACCGCAUAAACACGACUACACGAGGUAAACAAAUCAGAGGAAUUUGACGAGGCCACCGUCACCACCAUGGCGGCCGCCGCCACCACCGCUUCGCCCUCGGCCUCCUUCCCUGCGGCAUCCCUCCGUCGCGACGCGCGCAGGACCUCAUGCGUAGCCGCCGCCGCCGCGGCGACGACGGCCGCUGAGGCGGGGCUCGCGGCCGUCCCGGCGCCGCCGCCAACGCCGAUGGUUCGGGUGGUGCCGGAGUCACUGCAGCGGGAAAGCGGGUGCCUCGUGGAGGGAUUUAGGGCGCGCGGUGCGUGCGCGGCGGAUGGGGAGGGGUUUGGGGACGCCGCGGGGGAAGGAGGAGGCCCCGGCGCGAUGGAGUACCUGACCAGCGUGCUGUCAUCCAAGGUGUACGACGUGGCAAUCGAAUCACCGCUGCAGCUCGCCUCCAAGCUCUCCCACCGCCUCGGGGUCAACAUCUGGAUCAAGCGCGAGGACCUGCAGCCGGUGUUCUCAUUCAAAUUGCGGGGAGCAUACAACAUGAUGGCAAAGCUCUCCCGUGAGCAGUUAGAGAGGGGCGUCAUCUGCUCCUCUGCUGGAAACCAUGCCCAGGGCGUUGCUCUUUCUGCUCAGAGACUGGGUUGUGAUGCUGUCAUCGUCAUGCCCGUGACGACACCAGAAAUCAAGUGGAAAUCAGUGGAGCGGUUGGGAGCAACGGUGGUCCUUGAGGGGGACUCAUAUGAUGAAGCUCAGUCAUACGCAAAAUUACGAUGUCAGCAAGAAGACCGCACAUUCAUACCUCCCUUUGACCAUCCUGAUGUCAUCACUGGGCAAGGAACUGUCGGCAUGGAAAUUGUUCGGCAACUGCAAGGUCCACUGCAUGCAAUAUUUGUACCUGUUGGAGGCGGUGGAUUAAUUGCUGGAAUUGCUGCCUAUGUAAAACGGGUUCGCCCAGAGGUGAAAAUAAUUGGAGUGGAACCCUCCGAUGCAAAUGCAAUGGCAUUAUCCUUAUAUCAUGGUAAGAGGGUCAUGUUGGAGCAUGUUGGUGGGUUUGCUGAUGGUGUUGCUGUCAAAGCUGUAGGGGAGGAAACAUUUCGCCUGUGCAGAGAGCUUGUAGAUGGCAUUGUUAUGGUCAGUCGAGACGCUAUUUGUGCUUCGAUAAAGGAUAUGUUUGAGGAGAAAAGAAGUAUCCUUGAACCUGCCGGUGCCCUUGCAUUGGCUGGGGCUGAAGCCUACUGCAAAUACUAUAACUUGAAAGGAGAUACUGUGGUUGCAAUAACUAGUGGGGCGAAUAUGAACUUUGACCGACUUAGACUUGUAACUGAGCUAGCAGAUGUUGGCCGAAAACGGGAAGCAGUGUUAGCUACAUUUCUGCCCGAGGAGCAUGGAAGCUUCAAAAAAUUCACAGAAUUGGUUGGCAGGAUGAAUAUUACUGAAUUUAAAUACAGAUAUGAUUUUAAUGCAAAGGAUGCCCUUGUUCUUUACAGUGUUGGCAUUUACACUGACAAUGAGCUUGGAGCAAUGGUGGAUCGCAUGGAAUUGGCGAAACUGAAGACUGUUAAUCUAACUGAUAAUGAUUUAGCAAAGGACCACCUUAGAUACUUUAUUGGAGGUAGAUCAGAAAUAAAAGAUGAACUUGUUUACCGGUUCAUUUUUCCAGAAAGGCCUGGUGCCCUUAUGAAAUUUUUGGAUGCAUUCAGCCCUCGUUGGAACAUCAGUCUUUUUCAUUACCGUGCACAGGGUGAAACUGGAGCAAAUGUAUUAGUUGGUAUACAAGUGCCGCCAGUGGACUUCGAUGAAUUCAAGAGUCAUGCUGAUAAUCUCGGGUACGAGUACAUGUCAGAGAACAACAAUGAGAUAUACAGGUUGCUGUUGCGUGACCCAGAGGUCUAGUAUAAUAGGUGCCGAUGGGUUCCUUUGCUCCUAUAAUUUGGUGUCACUUUUGAAGUAAGGUUCCACUCCAAGGUAGAAGGUGCAAGUUUCUUCUUCAGUUGGAAUGCAGUCAUUGCCAAAUAUACCUUCAAUGUGCCAUCUCACCAUCUGUUUACUCAGUUAGAUUUUAGCGUAUCAGUCGUGUAUUUUUGUUGUUGUGCUUCGUGAACUCACUUAUCCGUUUGCGGCACCUAGAGUGUGUCAAAUAAUGAUAACUAAUAUGAUAUCGAAAUGUCUGAUAAUAUAUAUGUAUUUGUGAUUUGGGCAGCAUCGUUGUUGUAAAGUGUAAACCCUUGUCCCUUUGCAAUAUUGAGUUCUUUUAACAAAUUUGAGAUAUUUGAAUU